CAAACCUCAAUCAGGGCUAAGAAAGAAAUCAUAACGACGCAUUACUAACAAAUAGGAUAUUUAAGUCAGCUUCCCAACUAAAAAUUAUAUGGGUUUAAAAUUAUCUUAAAAGCGUUUUAACCCACAGAUUUUCAGUUGAACAAAUUUCAAUUCAAAUGGCAGAGUGCAGGGCUAAAAAUAAUGUUAUUUUUCGAAGGAUGUGUUUUGUGAAACCAAGCCUGGUUGUUCUCAACUUAUUGUGUUGCCUCGGGGGAACUACUGACGCAACUGGCACUGGAAAACAAAUUAUAGAGCCUCUGGAGCACAGAAAUAAAGCUGGCAUGCAACAGAGCAGGUAAUAAACAAACAUUGAAAUAUAUAAUCACUUAUUUCAGAAAAGGCUUUUCGUUGUAUCCUUUCCUUUGAACAGUUAAAUUAACCGUAAUUACACUACCAAUUUCCCCUCGGCUAUUGCACUUAUCAAAGAACACGUUGCAUACUUUAAAUCUAGCUAAGACCACCGCUAGUCAGAAAUAUUUUUCCCAUCAAACAUAUUUGCGUAAAAUUAUUUGUCAAGCCAUUUGAAAAGAAAAUGUCGUUCUUGAAAACUUUCUUCUUUUUGAAACUCCUUGUUCAAAAAUAGUCCGGCACAUCGGCAUUUGGACAAGUAGAUUUGAGAAGUGCCUUGACACUGCUACGGAAAACGUAUAAGGUGUAAAUUGUGAAACGAGGGGGGAAGGGGAGGGGAUCAGUUGUCACCAACAGAGUAUAAAGGUGUUGCUAUAGAUAGUUGUAUGCCAAUUCACUGCUGAUGAAGGGGGGAGAGGGGAGGGAAAGUAAAAUUUACAGAGCCUUAUACUUGGAGGAUCAAUUAUUUUUUCGGUCUUAGAAGCGCAAAGCUCUUGUUGAAUAGAAGUCACUUUGGUCAUUAUCUUUCGAACGUCUUUCUUAACGUAUUAAAAUGAUAACAAAAGUCUCUCCUUCCUUGAAAUAAAUACGAGAUGGGAAUGUUUACGCAUAGUGGACGUGUAGCUUAAACUUUUCGUAAAUAAACCCCUUCAGGCGGCUGGUGUGUCGGUUGACAAUGUCCGGGGCUGAGAUAUUGUCCGAAAAUUGAAUAUUUGGCACAGAGGGGAAGCUUUGAGGGCAAAUGUAACUUAUCUGUACUCUUUGGAACAGCACGAGCGACCGACUUUCUUAUUACAUUAUCAAUGGACUUUGUGAAACGAGUUUUUUAUUCUUCUAUGCAAAAUAAUAAAAAUGAAAAGGUGAAACUCUUGAGCAGACUAUUUUCCGCAGGCUUUGAUUCUUAUCGACGGAAAUACCCGGAUGAAAAGCAUCGAGGCAGACGGGAGUUAUUACAUGAUACUUGUCCCGCGAUUUUGCAUCAUGUGUCAUAAAGAAGCUAAUAGAAUCGCAUGGAAGUUAGUGGGUGGGUUAUAAUGGAGGAAAUCAUUGGACAGUCCUCAGUUUUACCAGAGGCGUAUUCAGACUUGGUGCAUUCAAUCCAGCCAUAGACGAGGGAAGGAUCUUAUGGACUGAGCAAAAUAUUAUAAGUUUCUGAUAUUUUUAUUAGCUAUUCGAAUGCAGGGUGCUUGAAAUAUCUUCUAUCUAAAAAGACGUUGACUAAAACUUUCGCUUCCGUCUAGGUCGCUUUUACCAAAGUACACCGAGCCUGUCAAGUUCAAAACUGCAGCAGUUGCAGCAGAUUAUAAAAACUGUUCAGAACGUGGAGCUGAAAUUUUACGAGAUCAUCAUGGAAAUGCCGUGGACGCAGCCAUUGCAACUGCUCUGUGUGUGGGUGUAGUGAAUGCCCAUUCAGCAGGUAUUGGAGGUGGAGGUUUCAUGAUCAUUCAUGACAAGAAAAGGGGUGAGUUACUGUAAACAAUGAUCAAAGUGCUGCGAUUGCAUCUGCCAAUAAGAGUAGUAGUUGUAUUAGUAGCAGAAGUAGUAGUGUAGUAGUGUAGUGGUAGUAGUAAUAGUAGUAGCAGCAGUAGUGGCAGUAGUAUUAGUAGUAGUAGUAGUAGUAGUAGUAGUAGUAGUAGUAGUAGUAGUAGUAGUAGUAGUAGUAGUAGUAGUAGUAGUAGUAGUAGUAGUAGUAGUAGUAGUAGUAGUAGUAAAACUUAAUGUUUACAUGACAUUUCCAUUCAGUGAAAGACUUCAAUUGUUUAAGGGAUAAAACAAACUGACCUACUCUAACUAGAAAAAGAAUAGUUGUAAAAGUUAGACCUGUUUUAUAAGGAUGCCGCGCAUGAAUAUCAUGCAAUAGCUAAAACUUCGUAAGCUUAGUAAGUGCACACCGAUAAGCUUUUGAUAAUUUAGAAGAGACACUAAAAGAGCCAUAAGAAGGGAAUCGGAGUUUAUGUGAUCCUCUCGCAUUAGAAAUAGUAUCUGUAGUACCAAACAUUUUCUGCCAACUGAGGAGAAUUAAUGUAGCACGAUGAGUUUUGUCUCGAGGUUCCUAUUUUUUUGCAGCGAAAACUACGGCAAUCAACUUUAGGGAGGUGGUUUCUCAUCACGAAAAUGCUGAAACGAUGAAGGACUUUCUAAACCUUAAAAAAAAAUGGAAAGAAAGAGGUAAAGAUAACUUUAAUCCACUUCAAUCUUUAAAUUAGAGCUCACUGGUAAAUAUGCAUCUAAGGCCGGCGACCCACCCGCCAAUACGGCUCUUCACCUUUGCUUUCUAGGGGCUAAAUUCUGAAAAUUAAUGCUAUUAAAUAUCUGCAACUGACUCGCUGACUUGCUUGUGAUGCGAAAAGUCGCAUUAACAGGCACUACAGCAAAUCCAUUCAUAUCUGUUACUACAAAUACAAACAAAGUCACAGAAAUUGCAUUCGCGACAUGUAGCAAUUUCUGCUAAGCACCGCGAUUGUCGUAAGAAAUCAUCAGGUGGGUCGUUGUCCUUUAUGGCAAGCCAUAAUGGACAAAAGUGGUCGAGUCGAGAUUUUUUUUCAAGACGAGAAUUUUUUUCUCGAGUCGAGAAUCUUUUUUUCGAGUCGAGAAUUUUUCAUGGAGUUGAGAAUCUUGUGAUCGAGACGAUAAUUUUUACCUCGUGUCGAGACUAUUUUUGUCGAGUCGAGAAUUAUUUCUUCGAGUCGAAUUCUGACAACCAGUCGAAAUUUUUUUCCUCGAGUCGAGAUUUUUUUGUCGAGUCGAAAUUGUUUUCAUUGAGUCGAGAAUACCAACCAUGCCAUGCCGUCAGUUGCCGCCAAAAUGAUCAAACAAUAUGGCGGUCUGCAGAUCUGUAGCUUACAUAGCAUUUUUAUUCAUCGUUGUCGUUCUUCAAGUUGCUGACGGUAAUGUGGAGGAAUUGGAGCGGUUUCUGUUGUCCAUACAGGAUUGUAUUUCCCAUAUGGAACAAUGCACAGCUCCCGGAAACGACAGAAAUAUAGAAUAUAUCCACGAUUUGGGCUUUGUUGAAAGGCUUUGUUGAAAUAAUCGCAGCGUUUUCUUUGGUUUUCGCCAAAUUUCAAUUAUUUUUAGAGAUAAAAGUGUUGAUUGACGACCUUUCACACUCCUUGCGUGAGCUACAAAACCACAACAGGGAUAAACUUGCCGCCUCUUUUCAAGUCAGUGCUGAGUUACGUAAUGUACCUUCCCGCGAAAAAUGUUCAUGAGAAAGACCAAAAUACAACAUUACAGCAGAACAAAGUGAUGUAAUUCGCAGCACUGGCAUGCAGUGGGCAGCUAUUGCAAAGUGUUUAAGUGUUAGUGCCAGUACUCUGUCCAGAAGAAGAAUACAAUUUGGUAUUCUUGAUUACAGUGAGGUAAAUGAAGAGGAACUUGAUUGGAAUGUAAGAGAUAUCUUACGAAUAACACCUUUCUCUGCUGAAACGUAUGUACGAGGAGCUUUAAGAGCACGCAGCAUUUAUGUUCAGAGGUGGAAAAUCUGGGAAGCAUUACAAAGAAUCGAUCCUGUAAACCGCGCCAUAAGGCGCAGAUGUGCAAUUCAACGACGUCUGUACAAUGUUAAAAAACCAAAUCACCUAUGGCACAUUGACUCAGAUCACAAGUUAAUCCACUGGAGGUUUGUUUAUUUGGUACAUUAAAAUUAAUAAAAGAUAAAACUAGCAUGGUCUUAUAGACUGGUUGUACCUCAAUAACCACUUCCUUCCUUUCGCAUAAUAGUGAUAAACCAUUCUCUUGUAGAGAAUUGGAAAAAAGCUUCCUAGAACCAGAAAGGGACUGACUUGAGGCCGAGGUAUGGUAAUCGAAGAAGCUUGAAUGGUUAUUAAAAAAUUGUUGUAUUUAUCAGAUUACUUUUUAUUGUUGGGACAGUUGCAAGCAUGACUUGAACAAAAGACAUACAGUCUUUGGACAAGGGGUGGGAAGGGGUUAUGGAAGAGAGAAAAAAUCCUCCACAGGUUGUACAUUAAAAACUACCCACACAACAGACUACUGGAAACAAGUUCUUGGCUGAGUUGUUCAAAACAAGGUUAACGCUAAUCCUACGUCAAACCUCUCGGCCGCCUUAAAAUUCAACCAUUAACCUUGAUUUGAACAACUUGACCCUGAGCUGCCCGACAGAAAGCUAAUUUCAAAGCAAUAAAUGAAAUUAUUUAUCGUUACAAACACUAUUCACAAAAUUGAAGGGACAGUGGUUCUUGCAAGUGUAGGAUAACGCCAUGUCCAUCAAAAAUACUCAUAUAUAAAUUUGAAAUGGUAGGAAAGCAAGACAGCACAAUUCAUAUUUGGUAUGCAAUAUGCUUUGUCAGCACACUUUUUAUGAAUAAUCCACAAGAACAAAGACCAUGUUGCCUGUAAUAAACAUUAAACUUCAGGCAUGUCACCAAAAAAUCCCCAAACAUGUCAACAGUAACUUUCAAAAACUCACUUUUUGGCAAAAAAUAUUCAUCAUACAUAAAAAAAUCUUCUUUGCAAAAAGCAAAGAAGGAACUUGUAUGAUAAAUACAAACCACAAAUUUUCUUUAUGGCAGUCUGUAGCUUAGUAACGUUGACAAGGGCACAAUAUGUUUCUAUAUCUCCUAAACAAUGCUGAAAGAUCAAGCUUGACGGUAUAUAUUACUAUACUCUAAUGAAAACUCAUUGUAAGACUGAUAGGUUGAUGGUAUGACGAGAAGAGGACCACAAGUAUGUGCCACUGGGUAUCGCAGAGCACUGUCAUUAGCAUGAAAAGAUACCUGUAUCCUAUCCAAAGAGAUGAUAUUGCUACCAGUCACAAACUGUGGAAACCCACUGAGAAGGUGAUCAUCCAUAGACCUGAUAAAUCUCUUCAAGUGAAAAAUGGAGGUCUCUGAGAGCCUUGGAAAUAGGCGAAAACCCAAGAAAACGCUAAAGAACGACAACGAUGUAUACAAAAGCUACGUAAGCUACAGAUCUGCAGACCGCCAUAUUGUUUAAUCACUUUGGCGGCAAAUGACUGCAUGGCAUGUUGGGUAUUCUCGACUCAAUAAAAAAUUUACGACCCGACAAAAAAUUCUCGACUCGACAAAAAAAAUUCUCGAUUAGUUGUCAGAAUUUCACUUUUGUCCAUUAUGGCUUACCUUAAGGCAUUCACGCUAAAUCCCAGAAUCCCAGCGGUGAUGAUGCAAGUAGAGUCUGGGCACCAGUUUAAGUUAGGACACCUUCCACCUUCACUGUUCUCUGCUACUCACCUCCCGUCCCCUUACAUAUAACACUUACAAAACUUGUUCACGGCGAGAGAGGGCUUCAAUAACCUCAAGAAGCUCACUGAAACCACUUGAUUUCCACUUUGUCAGAAAGGAAAAAAAAUAUAGCAGGCGAAGGAGAAUUUAUCGGCGUGCCUGGCGAGCUUCGUGGAUUUGAAAUGGCUUGGAAGAAGUACGGCCGACUGCCUUGGAGAAAACUUUUUCAACCAGCUAUCGAAAUAGCAACAAAUGGCUUUCCGGCAAAUCACGCACUCGUUAAUGCUGUGCGAAUUAACUGGCUGAAUGUUACGCACGACUUUGGAUUGAGGUAACAUAACUUACCGACGUUUAACCGACUUUUAUACCACUGUAGCGAGUUUUCCGCAAGUUUUCUUCUACACAUAAGGAAUUAUUCUAAAAACGUGUGUCGAAAAUGGCCAAAAAGAUGAAAAUGUAUACUCAAAUUUUGGCGUUCAAUUAAGUCUUUUACAAGAAGCUAAAUCCAGAGGAGCUUGACUCAUAAUGCCGCUUCAAAAUGAGAAAGUUGGGACAGGAUGUUGUUUUUACGCUUUUUAUUUCAACUAAGGUCACAGAUACGAGACUUUAAAGGACAAUUACGUUUUAAGGUGAAAAAAAAAAGUAAAUAGGUGAAGAUCAAUGAAGUCUAAAGCAAAUGCCAAAACUGAAAGGGGAGUUAUGUCCUGCACAUGGCAACACAGUACUUUGCCUAAGUCGGAAAACAAUAAUAGAGGACGUUAUCGUGGAAAUUGCAAGCCGUGAGUUAUCGUCGAUUUUUACACAAUAUCGUAGUAGGAACGGUAUUUCUGGCGGAAUAUCGCAAGGCUAUUGUUUUAACAGCUGCGCAUUAUCGUUUCCGCCGCGCGAUAUAUCGCUAACAUCCAAUCGAAUCCAAGGAGAUAUCGCUACUGCCUGGCGAUAUCUCGUUUGAACCGAACGAGAUAUCGUGGCAUCUCCGCGAUUAUCGUUUUCUCUUAAGCCAGUUAUCUUCCCCACAAAGGGAUCGAACGAUAAGGAAACAUUGCACCUUUAAGUGAAUUUUCCUUGUGAGUUUCAGAAAACAAGAUGUUUUAAGUCUAUUUGAAAGUUGGUUACUCGAAAUCAGAUUAGGUCAAAAAGCAGUCAUGCUUUUCCUAACGAAAGUGACUGUUGUAUCAAGGCCUUUAGAGUAGUGUAAGAAGGAGCUCGGCAAUCUUCUCCAAUCUCUAGCUUUCAAGUAAAUUGUACCUCACUCGAUUUAAGUUUACCUACUUACAAACGCCUGUAGUCUAGUUAAUUCGCUUUCUUUGCAGAGAGUUAUUCAGGAAAAACGGUCGAAAAAUUAAAGAAGGAGAUGUCAUCAAGAGAACAAAAUAUGGAAAAACUCUCCGUAAAAUUGCUGACUCAGGAGCCGAUCUCUUCUACACUGGUAAAAUGGCUAAGAAGGUAACAACAGGUCUAAAAUUAUGACAGUCUGUAAAUGUUAAAUAUUUAAAUCAAUCAUCAAAAAUUGUACUUUCAUAUUAUGGUUGUGGAAUUUUGUUAUGCAACGGCCUCCCGCCUCAUCCAUAUCAGGCUUUGAUCUGUUCGGCACUUAAUAAUUUUUUUUUCUCUGUAUAUCUGGUAUAUUCUCUAGCGUUCUACUUCUACAUUCUUGUGGGAUGUCUAAUGAAGAAAGUGAUCAAAAAUUGCCGCGAGAGAAUUGUGUAAAAACUGAGAAGACUCAGUUCCUUGAUUGAUCUCUCUGAGGGUUAAAAGUUUAUUUUUUAUGCUGUGACUGGGUUUAUUUAAGAAGAGUGUGGACUAUUUUCUUGGCAGAUCGUCAAAGAUGUCAGAUCCAUCGGCUCCUGUAUUUCCCUGACGGACCUGAAAGAUUACAGAGCUACUGAAGUUAAACCGUUGGAGGUUUCUCUCCCUGGGGUCAAAGGAUAUAAACUUUUGACCGUUCCACCCCCUGCAGGUGGUGCCGCAUUAAUCAACAUUUUGAAUACAUGAGAGGACGGAUAUGGCUUUUACUGCAAGUAUCAUCUCCCGCAGCGUUAUUUCCCCGGGUCUAUUGGGAAUGUGUGAAAACAUGUCAAACUGUAGGGGAUCAACUUAUCAUCGCUAGUUAUUGGGGUCCUGGUUAGUGUUGUAAUGCGACUCCAUAACCUUUCAAACUAUAGAGAUCAAUGUGUCAUCGCUCGUGAAUGGAGUCCUGGUUAAUUUUAUGAAUGUCGUAAUAUGAUUCUUUAAUCUUAAUAAAAGACUCCAUUCUUUUGCCUGUUGUCUUAACCGGCUUUUCUACGACAUAUUUGUGGGUAUGCAGCUAUCCCGUAUGGUGAAUAACUAAAAGCGCUUUCCAGUAGCCUGUUGGUAAACGGCUUUCUCCCAGAUCUUCACAGUCAAUUGAUUUCGUGAUUUCGUGAUUCCAGACACCCUUAACGCAUGCGUACUUGUCUUCAAAUAUUCUGUCAAAAAUACCAUUUACAUUUCGACCAUGUCUAAUCAGCACGACUUAUUUAAUAUGAGAGGAACUAGCACUGUGAGAAAUGUUAACUUGUAGAGGUGAGUCAGUGGAGUUACGGUUAUCCUCCCACCUUUAGAUUUUUAGCGCGAACAUAGCUUACAUACACGGAUACACAGGAUAGGUACGAGAUGAGAGAUGAAUAUACAAAAAUGUUUCAGUGAUGAGGCCUUCUGUGCCACUUUGCGCGAAGAAGUUAGGUGAAGGUGAAGUUGCCACAAUGAAACUUAAUAAUUGAAAGAAAAUGUUAACUAACAUACCUUGGUUUUUCAAUCAUUAAUUUUAAGAGAAGGCUUUGGCUUUGGCUUUGGCUUGUGAAAAUGCUUGCAAAUAGAUCAUAAAUUUUAGAAAAAGGGAAAAGUCUCUGCUUAAACUCAAAGCCUAAAUGCUGACUCCUAGGUUCAAGCUGGCAGUGUCCUAAUACAAAGUUUUUUGAGCCACAGCAUCCUUGUUUUAUUCCUAAGUUAAUUUUUGACCUUUGCCAGUGGACUGCAAGAGUUAUUGUUACAAUAGCAAACAGAAACUGGCAAAAAGAUGAGUCAUCUUGGCAGUCCUGUUGAUAAAAGAUGUGACAUCUUCACAACAGGAAUACUGAUGUGCUAAAGUAACAAUGGAAACAGAAUGUUAUCUUGCAUAUGCCUAAUUCUUCUAUUCUUGAUUAUUUUCUUCUUCCUUUCUUUCCCAAUAUUUCAACUACAAGAAGGCUUAGGCUCAAAUAAUUUAUUAUACCAUUUUUGCUUACAUUUAUGUCAUUCUAGAUCUCACAGUGAACAGUAAUGUAAUAGGGAACACAGUUGUGUGGCAGAUGAUAAUGAUCAAAUGAAUAAGUCUACUGAAUUCAUUUAAAAGUACUAUGUUUACACACUAGAUGGACAGUACCAUUGACACAGAUAAGUCUCAAAACAGGUCAAAGCCUAUCAUUUGGUCAGAUAGAAACACACCCAAACUACUGUGUCAUGCACCAGGUCUGUUAGUAAGAGCUAUUCUUCAGGGUUCUGAUAUUCAAAAUUACACCAGAGUUAAGAUAGUGUGCACUUACUUCUAAGAACUCAGAAAACAACACACCAAAACAGAUGGGUUCUCAAGGCAACCCACCCAGUUUUAACUUUGUUUAUUUACUUUUAGAUAUGUAAACAAGUUAUACUUGGUUUUACUUCCAAUUGGUCAAGAAAUUGGCAUUAAUGUCUAACAAUGGAAAGCCAAUAUGAUGAUAAUUAGUUAUUAUUACAGAAAACUAUACCAUAAAAUUUGACACUGAGUUACUGAAAACAACUCAUACUUCAUAAUAUGGGAUUAACACAAACAUGCUGGUACACAUUUUGCAAUUUAUUUUCCAAUUGUAUACCUGGCCAUCCAUCGAACAUUGUGGCCUUUCUGUGCUGCUGGAACUGUUUUUGUGAUAAAUUUUUUUUGUUUUUAAUUUACUGUGGUGUGACUUUCCCUAAUCCCACUGCUAACUGUGGAAGAGGGCAGACUAAUACAGAGGGUUUCCACCAGCAGCCUACAUGCAGUUUUCUUUUUGUUUGACAUAAAUAGCAUAAUAAUAACAUAAUUCGUCAUAAAUAGCUCCUUAGAGAACUGAGAGAAGAUUGCCAAUUUCAGCAGUUCAUAACAUUUGGGUAUUACACAUAAUCUGUAAAAAUCAUGUUCUUUGUUUCACUCUGCCUGUCUCAUAUAAAACCAAACUUCAGAAGUUAGGUUCUGGGACCCAGAGCCACCACCUUGGAUUACAUAUUAACAUUGUUUGAUUUGAGACCACAACGAAGAAAGCAUUUGGAGUGAAUGUGAGCGAGAGCAUCUGUGAUAUCAUGACAAAUGAUCAGCCAGUCUUUGCUUGUCAGUGAACUGUUAACUUUCUCUAAUAUACCAUUGGAUUCUUUGCAAUACAAUAGUUUACUGACUGUUGCGGAUGUAUUUUCUUCCCCUUUGAACUCCAUCACUAGAGAUAUAGGCUCUCUUUCAAGCUGGAUUCCUAUUAUUUUUUUCUACCACAAGAACGUUUAAUCUUUUGAAAGGUUUUAAAAUGCACCGGCCAUAUGAACCCUGUCCUAGUAUUAAUUCCUUUUCACUGAUUGGUUGAAGCUCAGAUGGAUCAAUUAAAUUAACAGUAGCAAAUUUGCUACUGGGUGGUCCUGAUUUUGUAUUCCUGUCUCUAAUCUGGAAUAAAGUAAUAAACAGAGGAAAAGUGAAGCUGGUCAGCUUAAUAAGAUUCACAUGCUAGAUUGUGUAAUAAGUGGUAAUAGGACUGAGUAGUCUUUGGUCUGUAAUCAUAUGAGUGAUAACAAAAUCAGACGACUGCAUAGUGGAAGUACAAUUUGUUUAUCACAAGUGUGAUUACAGACCGAAACAAAUGACACAAAGUCCUUUUACCAAUUAAUCAUAAAAAUUACAAUUUCCAAAUUAAAAAGAACACUUAAAUAUUGUCAUUGCUCAAGGGAAACCAAUUCUCUGUUUUAAAGAAAGCCCCAAUUUAGGAAUCUGUACACUAUUUCUAUGGUGAUUGAAACCGAGGUUGUGAUUGAUUGAUUUAAACCACAACUUUGAAUGUGAUUGGUUGACUUAAACUACAACUUUGAAUGUAUUUGGCUUAUUGAACUGUCCAACAACAACUUGGCAAGUGAAUUAGUGGAAAAUAGGAGUUUUUAAAACUAAUCACAAUCGAGGAAAUUGUAAUUCCUAUGUUAAUAGAUUUAUUGAUAAACUUUAUCCCUUUCAUAUAAUACAAACAGAACUUUCCAAGAUUCCCUGACUAUUAAGGUACUGACCUAUCCAUGAUAAAAAUAAAAUUUCCCUGAUGAAAUGGAUACAAAAUGUCCAGUCUCCUCUUCUUCAUUAAAACAUUGCUGAGAUCAUCUGAAAUAUUUCUUCCAGCAUGGUAUGAAACUCAGUGGUGUAAAAACUUUAAUUUCCCUGACCUUGAAAUUUCUAUCCCUGGCCAUUUUUUGAUCUGUGGUAACCUUGGUAGAGCAAGAUCAACACUACAUGGCAAGAUGGAAGGGAAAAUGCUCAAAGCUCAAUGACUGUCCUUUUCAGACGAAAGUUUAGCCUGUCUGCUUGGCAAACAGAAAUGAAUGAAUUCCCGCUAAAUCAUUUCAGAAUGAGGCAAUUUCAAGUGGGGAUUCCUUGCCCUAUUUUACGAAAAUGAUUAUAGUUUUUUUUUCAUUUCAUCAUAAAAAGGAGAAAAAUUUUGAGGGCUACACUCUCCCCUCCCCCUAUGAGUUUAUGUUGAAGUCAACCCCAGGACGUUUUGUACAAUGCAAGACAAUGCUAGUUUGAUUACGUUCAGCGUCAGUUCGGUGAUAUCGUUUUUUGUAACCAACUGCUCAUUUUCUGAUAUCUAUUUUAUUCUAUUUUGACGCUAACCGAGUACCUACCUUGGUUUUGUCCAGGGUCUUUUUAUUCUGUUCGACUAAUGCUUUCCAUUUGCUAUAAUACAUUCGCGCCAAGAAUAUGCAUCUCUUUCCUUUUGUGUUCUCAUUUCUCUGUUCUCCUUUCCCUAGCUGUCCUUGACAAUCGUUCACGUUUCCUCCUUUGAUUUCGCAUGCUGCGUUUUUUUCGAUUGUACUUUCCCGAGAUCGUCGUGGCAUGAUUACUUUGCCAAGCACGCGCCAAGCGCGCGCUUUUGUUGGCGAUCGUCUUCGGUACUCGAUUCCCUUUGGCUGAGUUUGUGCCCGCGUUUCCAUACUGAUAUAAUGUUGUAGAAAAUUCUAGUGGACAGCGGCCUAUCUCAACGCGAUAAAACGAUAAAAAUUAACCGGAAAGCUUUGUUCGCAGUGAAUGUACAACUACGAAGAAUUAAUGUGGAUGAAACAGGGUACAAGGUUUAUGCAAGGACUACCAGGAAAAAAAAAAAAGCAGUUGAAAUCCUCCAAGUAUAAAGUUUUUAAAUGUAAAAUGCGUUUCAAUAUCACCCGACCUGCCACAGACUUCUGAUCAGAUUUAUUAUUCCCUCAUCGGUAGUAGUAUAUCCUGUGCCAAUUACGUAAGUGGAAGUCAUGUUUACUGACAAAGUUUGACAAGCGAUGACGUGUCAUUGAUGCCUAACAUUCCCUCAUCGGAAAAUUGAGACAUGUAUAGGUCUGUUGGUGUUCUGGUUCACUUUCAGUUAAACGACAUUUCUGUCACAAAGUGACGAGAUUAUGACGCCUUGCGGUAAGCAUAUUGAAGCAACCUGGAGCGCUACCAGAUACUCCAGAAAAAAAGCCCAUACAAAGCCUUAGAAAAGUUUUCUAAGGCUUUGUAUGGGACAACGGGAGGUACUUACAGUGCACGCGUUUUCCGUCCUGUCAUGUCUCAAAGGUAAGCGCUCUCUUUCAAGUUUAAUAGCCUUACAGAGUAGCUAAUUCCGCUCUGUCUGUUUCCCCCAACUAUCUCAAUCUCCACCAAUUUUUAAAGUAUAUCAGUUAUUUUGUAAGGUAACGAUAAGCCAAAAAGUGACGAUGACUUGAGCUACUAUGAUUUUCCAAGCUUGACUCCUGUAGAAAGCCUUCCUACUUUGAGUAAUGUUCCCAGAGAUCAUGGUGACUCCAUAUGUAAUGUUAAUGAAUUCAUCUCAUCGGCCAAACAAAGUCACUUUGUUUGGCCGAAGUUUAUUUAAAAUAUAUUUUUUUGGUUUCACGCCAUAGGUUAUCAACAAACUAAAUGAUCCUUCUUUGUUCAGGCUUCAAUUUUAGUGCAAAUGAUAUGAAGCAUCAUCCUGUUUUGACGUAUCACCGCAUGAUCGAAGCAUUCAACUUCGUGGCAGCUAAACAGACCUAUCUUACAGAUCCUGUCUUUGAUGAAGACGUGAAAGAGGUGAGACAUCAGAUGUUGUAAAAGAAUCGAUGUGUUUCAAUGUCGUUACGGAUUUGUUAUUGACGUGCAGUCAACUUUUCAGAUCCUGAAUGUGCAAGAUUGUUAAUAUUUAGGUUUAUAUAAAACCUCAUGACUUUAUUUAUUGAUUAGGUGAAGAAAAGCUGUUUGCUCACUUACACAUUACAGAAGUGUUACAUCCUAGCGUAGCAUACCUGCACAUCGCGGACCUGUAGAUUUUUUAGUUGACCAAUCAAAAUUUACACACCAACGCCCAUUCUUACUCCAAUAACGCUACUUACUCCAGUAACACCAUUUGCUCGCUGAGUCGUAGUUUUAUUCUCGUUGAGCAAUCACGUAAAUUCAUCGAGUCAUAUUCACCAUAGGAGACCAUUUACAUCUUAGUACACCUGAUCUACAGAUUGUAGGCCUAUGUAUUUUACUAGGUUAAUAGCCCCAUUUACACAUCGAGGCAAAUUUACCAUAUGUACUCUUUCGCAGUAACUACAUUUACACAUCGGAACAAAUUUUUCUCUUUGAUGCGGUAGCUACAUGUACACGUUAAAACCUAUUUAUACUCUGGCGCAGUAACACGACCAGGCCUAUUUUCCCCUGUCUCAGGUUGUGAAGGAAAUGUUGGAUCCGGAGAGAAGCGAGCAGAUACGCAGAUUAAUAAACGGCGAGACACAUUCUUUUGAUUAUUAUGGACCAAUCAACUACAAUACCGACAUCACAGAUGGCACGACUCACCUGUCUGUUCUCGAUGCAGAAGGAAAUGCUGUUUCCUUGACAACUUCAAUCAAUAAAUAGUGAGUUGAUUAAUUUAACGAAAGACUCACCGGAAACUAAUUUUCUCUGCUCCGAGUCUUACACUAAGAGACUUUGUAAAUCAGCUCGAUAAGGUCAAAUAAUUACCCAUAGCAAUCAAGUGUUGUUGAGGUGCGUUUGAUCUAGCUUAGCCAGAGGGUCUCAAUAGGUGAUGGCUUUUUUUUACGGUUACCGUUGACCCAAAAUGACACAAAUGACACAUUUUCGAGAGGAAAAAUUUUUACGCUUAACUUUUCAGUUUUGGGACUUUUUUGUCAAUUUUUACGCCCAACGGCUAAAUUUUCUGGACGUUUUACGGCUAACGGUUGCCCCCAUUAAGAUCCUUAGGGGAUUAAUGUUUUUGUCUCGGCCUAAAAAAACUCCCGUGUUUAAUUAAACCUACAAACAUUGAUCAGUGGCGUGGCUCGCAGUUCUGAUUUGAAGUGACCAUUUCGUUCAAUUUAAUGGUUGCAAAAAAUCUACCCAUGCAUCCUGAACGUGGCGAGUCAACUCGCGGGACUUCACUUACCCAGCACAUGAUAUCGAUGCCAUGUGUGUCAGUCAGUCCAGGAUGGCGAUUUGGCUGCGGAUUGACAUCCGUGGGAAAUCAUAAAAUCCGCGGGACUGUCAACGACAAGAAUAGUAUGCGCUCUCCCAAGUCGAGCUCAAAUAGGAAUUAUACUUUUAAAUUUAGAUGUAACUAACAAGUCUGUGGGGUUAAAUCCGGGUAUGAAACCAAUGUCUGCUCUGUAAACUACUGAGCUCGAGCUAGAAUAAUAUUUAUUCCAUGUAGAAAAGAAGGCACCAAUCUGCGGAACAUAGCAACCACAAAUUUCUCGUGCCACGAGAUUUCUGUACUAACACAGCGCUAACACAGUGAUUAAAACAAGGUUAUUGCUUUAAAUUACAGUUUCGGAGCAAAACUUAGAAGUCCUAAGCUCGGGAUAAUUUACAACGAUCAGCUGCUGGACACUUACGAGAAUGUGAGAUUAAAGGAAUUUAAAUUGGCGAUUGACGAACUUAAACCUUACAAAAGACCCGUGUCUCUUGCUUCACCCUCCAUCAUCUUAGAUGAAGCAGGGGACGUGAAAAUGGUUUUUGGAGCCGCCGGAGGAAAAUACAUCGCAACAGCUUUAGCACAAGUGAGUGAAUAUCAAUCUUUCAUUUAUAAUUAUUACGCUGCAAGCUUGAGUGCUAAAAUACUUUGUUUUCUUUAUUCGUUUGCUUGUUUCUUUGUGUUAAGUAUUUCUAGCAAUUUCCUCCUCUUCUCCUCUUCUUUAACUUUGAUUUCAAUUUUUGGAGCGUGAAAGGCAAGAACGGGACAACCUGACAGACUUGUCUCUGGAGAACUAAGUUUAUUUCUCACUUAAACAGAGAGUCGUUUCUUAAGCCCCUGCUUCUCCAGGAACAUCUUAAAAUCCAUAAAUACACUAAGCCUUUCAUCUUUAAUUGUGAGGUGAGCGAAAUGGUCUUUUGCUCCGGGCAGGGCUCCCAUUUAAAGGCUCAAGGCUCAUUUAUGUUAGGGAAAGAAAACUGAAUACAUGUAUCCUAUUUCUUUGCUAUCAUAGGUUCUGAUGAACCAUUUUUGGUUUGGAGAGAGUUUACGGGACGCUGUGUCGAAGUCUCGUCUCCACAGCCAACUGUUUCCGAAUCUGGUCCUAGUCGAAAAAGACUUUCCCAAACAGUACAUUGACGAGCUUAAACGCUUUGGACAUAAAAUUACAAACGACACCGUAAAAAUUACAGGUAGGAGCGAAAAGGAAAGACAAUUUUACGAUUUGUGAUCCUCGAUUGUACAGUGUAAACGAAUCACAGCUGGCUCACGGUAACAUUCACGGUAACACUGAUAGUAGGGGACCGGUAAUUUUUUUAUCGCCUGAGUGGGGAGAGAGGGGGGGGUGUGGAGGAUUUUUGUCGCGACAACGGAGAAUUUAAGUGUCCCCACCCGUAAAGUAUAUGGUGCUUUUUUUGAACCACCAUAUUGACGGUGGAAGAUUUCAUGAUCCCUCUCCCCCCUCCGUCUUCUCUCCCAGCCACCACUAAAAGCCAGUGUUACUAUCUACUUCCUAACUCACAUCACUUUUAAGAUUCCCCGCUCCCCCCUUAGCACUUGUCAUUAAGGGCUGAUGUCCCCUCUGUUAAAGGACAACCAAAUGCAAAACCAAUGAUUUAAAGAAAUCAGGCUUUGUCUGACUAAGGAAAAAGGACUUUAUAAUCCUGAAAUAUCUAAUUUUUACCCAUAAACAGUAUAACCGAUACAUCAGAUACCAAUUUAUCUUACAAUUCUAAGAAAAGCUACACCCAAAUAUAACCUAACUUCUGUAAGUCAGAAAAAAGAGUUCUAGGUACGAUACACAUGAUACUCGUGGCCAGCUGACAUCUAUACAUCUCUCCGUCCUCUUAAUGUUGACUAAAGAAUAUGUUCAGUUCAAUGACAUAAAUUAUUCUUUCAAUAAGAAAUUUGAUUCCUGAUAAAUGAUUAGAUCAUACCUCACUAUUUGGUAUGAAUGAAUUUCGCAACGCCAGUAAAGUAUAAAUUACAGGGCAAUGGAAAUUUCAACCAAUUCCCAAUUGAGAUAGCCAAUUAGGGACGAAAGUUGAUUCCACUGAGGGAAAGGAAACGGAAGAUUUAUUAGUCUGAGCUGGUUUUAUUCAGAUGAUUUAAUUAGUUCAAUAUACGCCACUGUUUUUCACUGUUUAGUCUUAUCCUGCGUCUACAGUUGUGCAAAAGAUAAAUAUUCUCAUAGAUAAUAAUUAAGACCAGGAUGAUUUUGGUCUGUUAGCUCUUAAACAGCUUUCGAUCCAUUCUUUUUUCGAGUCGCACUCUUACUUAAUCAGGAAAAAUAUUGCGAUGAUUUAAAAUAGUGCGUCAUGUUAAAGAAGCAAAGAACUUGAAAAUUUUUUUUUAUGACAUCAGUUGAGCAUCUGAACUUUGACAGAUCAUUUGUACCAUAAGCAACGACCAAUCAUGUAGAGCGCAGUGUUCAAAUAAUUGUAUUAUCUAAAAUGGAACAAUUGAUUCAUGAUCGAGGAGAAGGCUGUAUCCGCCUUACAGACCGGAUUUCUCUUGAACAAAGCAUCUCGCGAGUUAAUAAGAUCAGAUCAGCUGUGAAUGAAAGCUAAAUCAGAGUUAGGUUUUGGUGUUUCAAUUGUCAUUGUAAACCCGUGACGCCCUGCAUCGUCCUUAACCAUUCUGAAUCAUUCUUGAAUAAUUUCAGUUCCUAGUUUUCUACCUCACUCAUCCGUUUCAUUGGUAUUAAGUCUCCAGGAAAAAACGAAAAUGACUUGUGGAUAUUUUCUUAUAGUCUUCCGUGGCUUAAAAAAAAUAUCCUGUUAACAAUUUUAGUUUAACAAUGGAUUUAAGAUAACUUCGUUAAUCACUUAACAAAAGAUUGUGCGCCGGAUUGUUUUUGAAUAAAGCAUCUCGCGAGUUAACGAGAUCAGAUCAGCUGCGAAUGAAAGUUAAAUCACGGUCGGUGUUUCAAUGUUUCAAUGUUUCAAUUGCCAUUUAAAACCCAUGACAAACUGCUCCAUACUGAGCCAUUUUGGAUCAUUUUGGUUAACUCUAGUUUCCAUUUGGACAGUUACUUUUCUUACUCACUGUGUCGUUUCGAUCACAUAAAAUCUGUCAACCGAUGAAGUUAAGAUAACCUCAUUAAACUGACUAAAUGAAACUAGAAACUCGCCUAAACUGUUAUAAAGCCAUUUUAAUUUUAACGAGAUCAGAUUGGCUACAAAUACAACCAGACAAGGAGUGUCUACCGUGCUGUCACAGUUUUUAAAUGUUUUUCCCACUGUGAUUUGCAAUUCUUGAACUUUAAUCUUCUUCAUCCUCCACCCUUUCAAGUAUUUUAACAUUUAUUCUUUAGUUACAUUUGGAUGAUUCUCUAUCUUGCUUAACCUAUAUUUCGUGGUUAUUUCUUUACAUUAAACGUGAUUUUCUCGUCCCCAAAAAACAAUCAACAUAUCGCAGCUGCACGCAUUUUUAAAGUCACGACGAGUCGAAAACUGAGAAGUCGACUUAGAGAAACAUUUAUUUCAGUUUCCGAGAGGGUGUGUUAAGAGGUUGAACAAGUCUGAGCUUUUAAUUUGUUUCCAAUUUUUGACCACCGUGAAUUUAUGCUUUUUUAAUGUUAAUGUUCUUAGUACCAGGAAAAACUUUCUAUGCACACGUCACUAGAAGCGACGGCGCCAUUGUUGAGAGGCGGCUGAAAGUCUGGAGCACAAGGUGUUGUGCGUUGUGUCUGACAACGGUGGUUCGAUUAUCAACAAAAGCUGUACUAAAAGAGGUCAUUUUUUGCUUUUACCAGAGCUAUAAAUGUCUUUAAACAGGAAUAUAAACUAAACGAAAAUGUAAAUUUAUUUAAAAAAAAACGGAUUUGAAAGUCUAGUGUUAAAUGGCAUUUGACCGUUCCACAGCACUCACGCCGUGCCGACAAGACAUUUGCCACUCUUGACUAAACCUCUAAACUCCCCAGUUUCGCGAAAACCUUUCAAAAGUCAAAAUCAGUCCUAACAUCUUGUCAUGCGUAUACGCACAAACGUAUUACUGCAGCAGUGGCUGUACCAGCAGUUGCGGGAGAGGAGGCCUGGGUAUGAGAUGGUGAGCAAAGGGUAAUCAUACACAUGGACUCCAGUGCGCAAAGGGGAUUGUUAUACAUACCCUAUGGACUAGUACAUCUUUCUGCUGCUCAUUCAUUUAACUCUCAUUCAUUCGAUAAUUUACUUACAGUUGAACCUGCGUUAGGCGGUCCGGCCACGGGGAAUGACGUGGUGACCGCUUACUACAGGUUAACCGCUUCAUACAAGUGAAAGAUUAUUCUUAGUAACAUUGGAAUGGUUCCACCUUCAGUGACCAUUUGGAAAAUAGUAAAAACAGGCUGUUAGGACUUACUUAAGGGUGACCGCCACCGCUUAACAGAGGUGACCGCUAAAUAGAGGUAAAAAUCAUAUGAUUAGCGGAAAACAAAUUAGGAACUUUGACAACUGACCACUAAAUACAGGGCGACCGCUUAAUACGGUGCCCCUACUACUGGUUUGACUGAAUUUGUUAAUUCGUCUAUCUGUUUAUUCACUUGUUUAUUUAAAUUACUCAGGAACUCCUUUCCAAAUCAUUGGAGUGGUUCAACUCGUCUAUAGAGAGAAGGACGGAGAGAUACUGGCGCUAGCUGAUCAUAGGAAAGGAGGUGGACCCGCAGGUUACCGCUGA